AUGGCUCAAACUGUACGAACAAAUGUUAAAGAAGAUGCUAAUGACAGUGAGAAGGCACGCAGUGGGGCAAAUCGCGUCGGUCAGAAGGCCCCAAUUUGCACUACUUUGUUAAUGUCUUUUACAGUCUUGAUAAUUUCCAUCACUGAUCUUGUUUACAAGGGAAAUCCUCCAGAAAAUAGACAAAGCCGACGCACGAGAAGACUGAAUAGAGCAGAUGAAUUUACUCUGGAUGAGAUAGCUGCUGCUACCAAUGAUUUCUCGUUGCAGACAAAGAUUGGUAAUCGGAUAUUUGGGACUGUUUAUAGAGGGAAACUAGCAGAUGGUCGCGAAGCAGUGAUAAAGAGAGGGGAGAGAGGCCAAACAAAGAAACUUUAUCAAGAGAAACAAAAUGAAUUUGAAUCUGAACUGGAAUUCCUGUUAAGGCUUCACCAUAAACAUUUGGUUAGGCUAAUUGGGUACUGCGAUAAUGGGGUUGAGAAGCUUUUAGUUUUUGAGCACAUAGAGAAUGGAUCUUUAUAUGACCAAUUACAUGUAACAAUUAGUAGUAUGAUCAAUUCUUCGAAAGUGAGGAUCAAGACUGCAUUAGAUGCUGCUAGAGAAAUCCAAUAUCUUAUGCAGUCCCACCAAGAUUGGACAGCAAUAGUUUCCGAGUUUGGACUAUCAUUGAAGGCUCCUGAAUCAGAACUUGAUUACAGGCCAAUAGGAUCUGUUCGGUAUAUAGAUCCUGAGUAUUAUUUGCGAAACAUAAUAACCGCUAAAAAUGAUGUGUGUGGUUUUGGUGUGAUAUUAUUAGAACUUCUGACAGGCAAAAUAGCUAUGUUUAAGGAUGAUAAUAAUGGAGGCACAUUAACAUGUAUAAUAGAUUUUGCAGCCCCUAGAAUUAUAGCUAGUGAAUUGGUUAAUAUUUUGGACCCUAAGGUUAAUCCUCCAAAGCUAAUGAGGCAGAGGCAGUAG